AUGGAGUCAAAGCUGAAGGCUCUGCAGGUCAGUCAAACCAUAAAGGCUUCCAGGACUCACAAUGAGCUUCACAAGGAACUGCUACUGGCCCACAAGAGGGGUCUGGCGCUGAGCAGCAGGUCAGAACUUCAGCAGGCGCUGGAGAGGAGGAAGAGGGUGCAGAGUGUCCGGGAAGAGGAGGGACAGAGCAGGACUCCUCUGGAGGAUGUGCUGCUCAGACGUCAGCAGAAACAACUUGAGAUGGAAAAGGAGGAAGAGGAGAAGAUAGGAGAGGAGGCCCAGUUGAUGGAGUUUGUUAGAGUCCGACAGAACCUAAGAAAGAUCCACUCAGCGAUCCAGAACAAGGCUGCAAACGCCAAUGCUACAGAGGAAUGCCCCCAAAAUGUCAAAUGAACUUUGGUCUAGUUGUGUAUUUUGAGUUUAUUGCCCGUCACCUGCAAAAACAACAACAAGGUGCAAGCUGAAAGACAGUUCGUAUGAAUGGAUUUAAUAAUGAUAGAUAAGAUACAGACUUAUGGAACAGUAUUCUUUUAUAGCUAUGUAAAGAAAUGUCUUCUACCGCUGUGUGUAAGUCAAAUAUUUGUAAGUAUUUUUGUUUGACAUAGUUGUUAUUUAUCAACAGUAUGUUGUAGAACCCCAGUAUGAUCUCCUUUGACUUGAGUGAGACAUUGAAAGAAUCUGACAACAAUACCUGGAAACCUUAUGAAGCUAUGUAAAGUACAGUAUAUUUUGUUGACAUAAUGUUGAGAUCAAGCAGGAAUCCAAUGUAAAAUGACCCUACUUCCCAGCUUGUUUAUUACCUCAGUAAACACUUUCCUAAUGA